AUGGCGACGCCCACCCCCGUCGACCAAACGGUCCAAAGGGACCUACCCCCUCCUGACCAGGCCGACCCCCCUGGAUCACCCAGCACCAAAGACCUCGCAGAAGAGGCAAACGACAACAAAGUCGUCAACGACGACUUUGCCCCGUCCACAGGCCCAGACACCCCUGAUGAUUGCCCACCAGAGGCAUAUCCAUACUCAUCCUCCGACCACGACUCCGAUUCCUCGGAUGAGGAACCCGUCACCUCAAAGCGGGCAGAGGCCCACUCCAAGAGCGUGACCGAGGAGGACGACAACGGCUGGCAGUGCCUCGCGCGCCGGGCCGACACGUGCCUCGGUGCGGGCUGGGCCCCCGGCGACGCCCUGCCCAACCGCACCUACGCCAACGAGCACAUCGCCGUGGCGAGGUCGGCCCUCCAGGGCUACGGGGUGUUCGCGGCGGCCGACAUCAAGCACGGCACCGACGUCCUGGUGGAGGCGCCCCUGCUCCGCGCCAGGGGCUUGGAGAAGCUCUGCGCGAAGCACGCGCGGCUGGGCGGCGAGGAGAGGGCCGUCUACGACGGGCUGGUCGGGUACCACGAGUGGGAGGCGUGCCCGGUGCGCCAGAAGUGGAACGCGAACUCGUUCGACCUGGCCCGGGGCUACAACGGGGUGUUCGCCAUCGCGUCCAACUUCAACCACGCGUGCGGUGCUCAGAGGAACACCAAGUACGACUGGGACGAGCGCGAGCAGGCCAUGACCUUCACGGCCACCAGGGACAUCGAGAAGGGGGCGGAGAUGCUGGUCUCGUACUGCGACUACCGGCACGUGCUGAAGGCCGUGUACGGGUUUGUCUGCCACUGCGGUGGCUGCGAGCACCAGGAGGCCGACCUGUUUGCGAACGUGCGGUCCUAG